AUGUCUAGCAAUAACUUUGAAGAAGAAAUGCUACAAUCAAAAGAUCCUGAAGAAGCUCUAAGCCCCAAAGCAAAUGGCUCAAAAAGACCAAGGCAAAGGACACAAAAGCCAUUAAAAUGGCAAAGACUAACUCCACAUGUAGAUUUAAAUAAAAUAACUGACCAGCUAGUGUUAAUUCCAAACGUAAAACCACUGGGAAAAAUUCAAGUUCAAAGAAAGAAUAGUGCAGAACCAUGUGGCCAUUUUUUGGAUUCUGAUAAUUCCACUGGCAAUUUUAUUGUUCAUCUUGCUACACAUCGAAUUACUGAAAAAAUCAUGAGAGAAAAAUGA